AUGGGAUGUUGCCCCUCGAGCUCGGAUUCCUGGCCCGAUGACGGAGACCUCAUGUUGAGCAUGCCUCCAGGGAAGAUGCUCACAGAGGUCCAUGCGGUCGGUGCUUGCGAGGACGACAUUGACCCGGAGGAUCCCACAACGGACGACCUUGUGAUCCGAACCAGCCGCCCUCUUUUCGAGGGCACAAACUCGCUGGCCUUUGCCACAAUCCGGCCGUCAGGCAUCCACAGCUGCGUGCGUUUGGAGUGCGGCUACAACAACACCUGCACACACCUGAUGCCCGAGACCGGCGACUUCAUGCCGGGCCUCUUCCUGCAGGCCUCGGCAAGUGUGCGGGUCCUGACGCUGGCCACUGGAGGCUCCGUGACGACGUUCCAGUGCCCGAACACUGUGAGAAUUGGCUUUGUCGGCUUCGGCUGUGAGCCGGGCACGAUCCUGAUGCCACCUGUCUUCAUGGUUUGA